AUGGAAGCAGCAUUAACCACUGCUGCCUUAAGCGUAAGCUUAAAAUUGGCUGCACCGCCAGCCUUGAAGAAGCUCCUUGCUAAUGCUUCAACGUACCUUGGAGUGGACAUGGCGCGUGAGCUCCAUGAACUGGAGACUGCUAUAUUCCCGCAUUUCGCGCUGAUGAUCGAAGCAGCAAACAAGGGAAACCACAGGCCCAAGUUGGACAAAUGGCUUCAGGAACUCAAACAAUCAUUGUACAUGGCCGAAGACUUGCUUGAUGGGCAUGAGUACAACCUACUCAAGCGCCAAGCAAAGGGAAAGGGUUCCCUGUCUGCCAGUGCCUCCGACAUCAGCAACACUCUUAUGAAGCCUCUGCGUGUUGCAUCAAGCAGGCUGUCCAAUCUGAACUCAGAGAAUAGAAGACUAAUUGACCAGCUGAAUAAACUGAAGGCUACCCUGGCGAAAGCCAAGGACUUCCGUGAACUGCUCUCCUUACCAGCUGGUUGUAAUGCAGAGUGUCCCACCAUCCCAUCAGCUGCUGUUCCCGAGGCCACAUCACUAGCACCUCUGAAAGUGAUUGGUCGUGACAAGGAUCGUGAUUAUAUAAUAGAUCGUCUUACGAAGACAACUGGUACUUCUGAGUCUAGUACAACUCUGUACUCGGGUUUGGCCAUUGUUGGAGUUGGAGGCAUGGGAAAGUCCACCUUGGCUCAGCUUGUUUACAAUGACAAGAGGGUAAAAGAAUAUUUUGAUGUGACAAUGUGGGUAAGCAUCUCACGCAAACUUGAUGUCCGCCGUCAUACACGGGAGAUUAUCGAGUCUGCCUCUCAGAGGGAAUGCCCACUCAUUGAUAACCUUGAUAUCCUGCAGCACAAGUUAACAGACAUACUGCAAGAAUCAGGGAAAUUCCUGCUUGUGUUGGAUGAUGUUUGGUUUGAACCUGAGAGUGAGAGUGAAUGGGACCAACUGUUAGCUCCUCUAAUUUCCCAACAGAUGGGAAGCAAAGUUUUGGUAACUUCUCGACGGGAUAGAUUUCCAUCUACUCUUUACUGUGAAGUGUGUCCUCUGGAAAACAUGGAAGAUGCUGAGUUCUUGGCACUCUUCAAACACCAUGCAUUCUCUGGACCAGAAAUCAGAAAUCCGCAAUUGCGUAAAAGGCUGCGAAAUUUUGCAGAGAAGAUUGCUAAAAGGCUUGGACAAUCUCCUUUGGUGGCCAAAGUUGUCGGUUCCCAGUUGAAAGGGAAAACAGAUAUCACGGCAUGGAAGGAUGCUCUUACCAUACAUAUUGACAAAUUAAGUGAGCCCAUGAGAGCUCUUUUGUGGAGUUAUGAGAAGUUAGAUCCAAUUCUGCAGAGGUGCUUCCUAUAUUGCAGCUUGUUUCCAAAAGGCCACAAGUUUGUCAUUAAUGAGUUGGUUCAUCUUUGGAUGGCAGAGAGACUUGUUGAUUCGUGCAACAAAAACAAGAGAGUGGAAGAUAUUGGAAGGGAUUGGUUUAAGGAGAUGAUCUCUCUUUCCUUCUUUCAACUAGUUGAUGAGAAAUACACUGGCACACACUAUGUUAUGCAUGAUCUCCUUCAUGAUCUGGCAGAAUCACUCUCCAAGGAAGACUACUUCAGACUGGAAGAUGAUAGGGUGACAGAAAUAACACCCACUGUUCGGCAUCUAUCUGUUCGUGUUGAUAACCCCGUAAUGGAUGAUGUAAGAGACCUUUUUAGUCAGAUAGUACAAAAUUUCAAGAAGUUGCGUGUAUUAUGUUUGUCAUCUUACAGCAGCUGUAAGUUGCCAGAAUCAGUUGGUGAGUUAAAGCACCUUCGGUACUUAAACAUGGUCAGCACACUGAUUUCUAAAUUGCCAAGAUCUUUGUGUACUCUUUACCACUUGCAGUUACUACUGUUAAAUGACAAAGUUGAGAGGUUGCCUGAGAAACUCUCUAAUUUAAGGAAGUUACGACAUCUUGAACAGCGGGGUGAGAGGUGUCAUAAUAGAAUAUACAUGUGCAAAGAAGCACCACGUCAAAUUCCUCACAUUGGCAGGUUAACUUCGCUUCAACAACUUGAGACAUUUGUUGUGCAACAGAAAAAAGGAUAUGAGUUACUGCAGUUGAGGGACAUGAAUGAGAUUCGUGGCAGUUUAAGUGUAACAAAUCUCGAGAAUGUCACUGGGAAGGAUCAAGCCUUAGAAUCAAAGCUGCAUCAGAAAAGUCAUCUUAGCAGCUUACAACUUGUCUGGAGUUACAACAAUAACACAAAUGCAGAGGAUAGUUUACAUCUGGAGGUUCUGGAAGGCUUGAUGCCACCACCUCAACUUGAGAAUCUUACAAUUAAUGGUUUCACAUCUUCAACAUAUCCAGGCUGGUUACUUGAUGGUUCAUAUUUUGAGAAUUUGGAAUCUUUAGUCUUUGAAAAUUGCAGCGCAGUACAAAACCUACCAUCCAGUACCGAGUUAUUUGGAAAUUGCUCUUUACUUCAACUCAAAAAUAUGCCAAACCUGAAGGCCAUACCUUCCCUUCCACUAGGACUUGAAGUGUUAAGAAUAAUCAAUUGUCCACUGCUUCUAUAUAUAUCCAGCGAUGAGCUGGAACAUCAUGAUCAGAGCGAAAAAAUCAUUAGGACAGACCACUUGGCAUCACAACUUAGUUUACUGUGGGAGUUGGAUCCAAGAUCAAAUGUUAGGAGUGUACUCUUUUUGGAACAUUCGUUUAUGAAGCAGCUAUCGAUAUUUAUGCAUGCUGAUAUGUCACAUGUUCAAAACCUUGAAAGUGCUCUAGAAAGAGAGACAGAUGAAGUAUUGAUAAAAGAGGAUAUCAUCAAGGCAUGGAUACACUGUCAUGAGCAUAAGAUGAGACUCAUGUAUGGAAGGAGCAUUGGGCUGCCGCUGGUUCCACCAUCAGGACUGCAUAAACUUUCUCUUUCGGGAUGCAGUAUUACAGAUGGAGCUUUAGCUGUUUGCCUUGAUGGCCUGUCUUCACUGGAAAGAUUGACCCUAACAGGGAUUAUGACUUUAACUACACUUCCUUCAGAAGAGUGCUUGCCAGAUUUAUGUACGCUCAAAGGAUUGCCUUCCCUGCUGCAACUUUCCAACGCAGGGUUGAUUGAUGUUCCGAAACUCACCCCUGAGUGUGUCUCACAAUUUCGAGUCCAGACCUCACUCUCUGUUAGCAGUCCUGUAAUACUCAACAACAUACUAUCGGUUGAAGGUCUCACAGUUCCAGCACGUCUCUCUCUUGUACAAUGCAAGGAACCAUUCAUUUCAUUCGAAGAAUCAGCAAAUUUUAUAUCUGUAAUGCGCCUUGAUUUCCAUUCUUGUCAAACGAUUUCCCUGCCAACAAAUCUGAACCGUUUCUCCAAUCUGAAGACGCUUGACAUCUUUAAUUGCCCCAACAUAUCAUCUUUACCAGAUCUGCCAUCCUCCCUUCAGGAGAUACGUGUAGGGGGUUGUUCUGAGCAAUUGAAGGAGAGCUGUCGAGCACCUGAUGGAGAAAGUUGGCCAAAGAUUGCCCAUAUCCGCCGGAGGCUAUUUGAUUGA